CAACUUAUCAAUUCCCAUUUCCUUUUGAAUGAAGUGGAAAAUUUAUAUUCCUAUACAUGCAGCAUGAUCUCCAAGUACAUAUGCAAUAUAUAUAUAUAUAUAUAUAUAACCAAUAUCUACUAUAGUACUUACAACAUUGUUAACACUAUUGUUUCCUUCCUCUAUAUAUAUAAAUAUGUAAGGGAGAGAAGAGGAAGAAGAGUGAUUUAAGUUAGCAAAUUAAAGAAGAAAUGGAUUUUAGAGGAAGGAUACGGACAUUACCAUCCAGGGAAGAUGAGGAGAGAAUAACCUUAAAGAAAAGGUUGUUCAAAAGUGCCAUGGAAGGUGAUUGGAAAGAAGUGGUGAAUUUGUACCAGAAGCACCCAGAGGUUCACAAGGCCAAGUUCCGUCGAUCAGGGGACACUGCAUUGCACGUAGCCAUCUCAUCUGGCCAAGAAGACGUUGUUUUACAGCUAGUGAAUCUCGUGAGAUCCAAUGAGGCUCUGAAGGUGAAAAAUGAGAGAGGGAAUACCCCUCUCCAUUUUGCAGCAUCAUUGGGGCUUGUAAGGGCCUGCAAUUCCAUUGCAAGUAAAGACUCAAAACUAAUCGGUGUUCGCAACUAUGACAGUGAGACUCCUUUCUUCUUGGCCGCUCUCAAUGGUAAGCUAGACGUUUUUCUUCGUCUCCAUUAUAUGUUUGACAGUACAGAACAAGGCUACUUAUAUUGUAGAAGGAGUGAUGGUGAAACUGUUCUUCACUCUGCAAUCAAUGGGGACUAUUUUGAUUUGGCAUUUCAAAUAAUUCAUAGAUACGAAAAGCUUGUGCAUUACGUGAACGAACUAGGAUUUUCCCCUCUCCAUCUUCUUGCAAGCAAGCCUACUGCAUUCAGGAGUGGGAGUCAUCUUGGAUGGUUCAACCGGAUCAUUUAUAAUUGUAUAUUUGUUGAUGAGCUCACGGUGGAAACCAUCUACGACCAACCUCCUGAUGAUUCAUUGAAUCCUUCUGAAGACGACCGAAAGAAUCCAUCUCAUCUAGAGAAGUCCUAUCCAGAGAACUAUCAUACCUGCAUCAACUUUUUCGGACUAGUCGGACUAGUGUCCAAGAUAGUCUUUAGUGGUGGUAAAGGUUGGCAUCAAAAAAGAAAAAAUAAAGGGAAUGACGAGGAAGCAGAUGCCAAAGAAGAAGAUAAUUUGAGGCAACAAAGACAUCAACCGUUUCCUAUUAAUUACGCCACGUGCUUUGAUACCAUCAAGCUCAUAUCAAAAGCAACGCUGUACAUUCUCGAAAAAGGGUCUAGAGAAAUAAAGAAGAUAAAGGAGCAAAAAGAGCAGCAUACAUGGUCCGUCCAGAUCAUGAAUGAACUUCUUAGACAUGCUGAUGAGUAUGAUGAUGAGUAUGAUGAUGACUUUGGAUCAAGGCUGGAUCCAGAAUUUUUCGAAACUGAAGAAACGCCCUAUUCAUUUGGGGAAUAUGAAGGCAAUAUUUUCAGAAUGCCCGAUACGGAGCAGAUAACGCCAAUUGACAACAGUUUUUCAACGGCUAACCAAAUCCAAGGACGGAAAAGUAAUGAGAAGAGUGGAGAAGGCCUCAACACAGAUGAAUUAAUGAAAGUAGACUGUAGCUCUUCAUUUCCAACUGCAGGUGAGAAAAUGAAUAGUGACAUGAAGGGCAUAAGGGAGAUCGACAAGAGGGAGACACCCUUAUUGGUUGCCGCAAAGAAAGGCAUAACGGAAAUGGUGGAGGCAAUACUUAAACACUCUCCGGUGGCCAUCCAAGACAUGAAUAGGGAAAAUAAGAAUGUAGUUCUUCUGGCAGUGGAAAACCGACAACUUGAUGUAUACAUGCUCUUACUCAAGAGAAAUAGCAUGAGAGAUAGUGUAUUUCUGAAGGUGGACGAUGAAGGCAAUGGUGCAUUGCAUCUUGCUGCAAAGCUAGGAGAACAGAGCCGUUGGCUGGUCGCUGGCGCCGCAUUGCAAUUGCAAUGGGAAAGCAAGUGGUAUCAGUUGGUUAAGGAGUCCAUGCCAUUCGUACGCUAUAACAGGCGUGGUGAAACACCAGAAGAAAUCUUCAUAAAAUCACACCUCCCACUCAUCCAAGAUGGUGUGUCAUGGCUCUAUCAUGCCUCCGACUCAUGCUCUGUUGCCGCGGCUCUUGUCACCACUGUGGCCUUUGCCAGCUCGGCCACCUUACCUGGCGGGGUUAACGACAGCGGCUCACCAACUUUGGAAAAACAACCAGCAUUCUUGGCCUUCUCAAUUGCCACAUUGUUUGCUCUCUGUCUCUCCACAAUCUCUCUGGUUGCGUUUUUAUCAAUUUUAACUUCUCGACACAAAGUGAAGGACUUCACAGGGUCUCUGCCCAGGAAAUUUCUCAUAGCCCUAACCACACUCCUAGGCGCCAUCUUUGCUAUGUUAGUCUCUUUCUCUUCAAGCCAUUUCCUUAUUGUUAAGGACAGGCUGCAGAUAAGCGCCGCCUAUCCUCUGUACACAAUGUUAUGUUUGGGGGCUUCCCUUUUUGUUGUCUUUCAGUUUCCUAUUUAUUUUGAUUUUCUAGCCUAUACAUUCUCUAAAUUGCCUCCACGCAGUUACGUAACUGACGAACUGGCACAGCUCUAGCUAGUUUGCUUUUCUUCGUCAUCGUCGUCAUCCUAAUUUUUCUCUUCAUCUUCAUGUUUUUACCUUCUUCUUUUUUCAUUUACUGCAAGCAUGGGUGUAUUUUUAUUUUCUUCUAAAUAAACAGAACUAUUGAUCAUUCUGUAAUUAUGAGUUGUGCCUAUCCUUACCUAUUCAUUAA